UUGCAACAGCCUGAACUAAACGGGCAAGAUUAUGGGAGACGGUUUCGAAUUGAAAAUGGCGAUUCACCAGGGGAAAAAGAUGAGAUGUUCGGUUCGCCAAGCACACCUGUUCUCGAAAACCCCGAGUAUCAAACCAGGUGGUACUUCAAAUAUUUCCUUGGAAAAUUACAUCAAAAUUAUGUUGGAGUGGACGUCGACAAGAUGCCAUUUUUCUUAAGUGUAGUUUUGAACGAGAAUAGCAAUCAAUGCGUGCCUCUUUAUAGAGCUAUUUUGUUCAAGAAAGCGGGUGCACAAAAAAUAUCGUUGCCUUACACACAUAAUAAAGUGUUAACAGUUAAGCAGAUACUGUCAAAUUUUCCUAAUAUGGAAAAGGUGGAAAAAGGUCCGAAGGAGAUUUUUUCGCCAGAUAUCCAAAAGGAUUUGCUUCUCUUAGAGGAGCAGGAAGGAUCGGUUAAUUUUAAAUUUGGUGUCAUUUACAUGAAACAGGGGCAAACAACGGAUGACGAGAUUUUAAGCAAUGAAUCAGGUAGCCAGAGGUUUGAAGAGUUUCUCUCUCUUCUUGGAGAUACUGUCAGACUGAAAGGUUGGGAUAAGUACAGAGGAGGGUUGGAUAUAAAAGGUGAUAUGACUGGAAAGUAUUCCGUGUAUACGAUAUAUGAAGGGCAUGAAAUAAUGUUUCACGUAUCGACUCUUCUUCCAUACUCAAGAGACAAUCGCCAACAAGUCGAAAGAAAACGACAUAUAGGAAAUGAUAUUGUCAAUAUAGUAUUCCUAGAUGUAAAUGAUACACUAGGAACCGAUGUUCCGCUUCAAUUCAAUCCAAUUUGCAUCAAAUCCCAAUUUACUCAUAUAUUUGCUGUUGUGAGUCCCGAAGCGACGAAUAGUUAUCGACUGUCUGUGUUUUCCGAUGAAGCAGUUCCCUUAUUCGGGCCAAGCUUACCAUGUCCGCCUGUGUUUAAAGAUGCUCAAUUUUUCAGAGAGUUUCUUCUAGUGAAAUUGAUGAAUAGUGAGAAGGCAACGUUUGAAACGCCGACGUUUUCCAGAAAACGAGAACGCACUUUAGAUAUGUUAAUUAAGGACCUUUACGCCGAACACGUGACUGACGCAAGAAUGACAAUGCUAAACCGAAGGGCAUUUUCCGACGUCUUGGCAGAUACACCGAAACAUUCCCGCCUGAAGGAGGAUUCUCGCCAAAUCGAGUUCGUGCGAAUAGGUCAAGCGUUAAAACUCGAAGCAAUAGUGCGAGGAGACGCGCCUACAAGUUUAGCAUCGGCCGGAAGCAGCGGUACAAUUUUGAAAAGGUCUCCCUGGGAAGCGAAUUGCUUUUACCCCGUUUUUCCGGCGGGUUCAAUACAGAGCGGCGACUCUUGGGGAGAAAAUAAGCUCGUUUUGGCCACAGAGGAUGGCGUUUACGUCGUCGAGGAUGGAUUAUCGCACAGAAUGAUUUUCGAUCGUACUUUACAAGUACGCCAAUUAAGCGUAGUUGAACCGCACGGAAUUAUGCUAAUACGAGCGGGUAAUUCGAAUCGAGAAGGAAAGGUGUACGUUUUUCGCCUCUCGCAAAUAGAUGCGAUAGUUGAGUGCCGAUCGCGGUACGAAAUUAAGGAACAUAGAUUGGAGAAAACAAGGGGAACGCACCUCUAUGCACUUUCGCGGACGGGUGGUUCUAGAUUAAGAAUGUGUGUAGCAAUAGGUAGAAAGUUAUUAUUAUUUCAAUGGAAACAUUCGGCAGCUUGGACGGCUUGGUGUCCCGCAAAUGACACCGACACUGUCGAUGGAUUUACAUUUUUAUGGGAGUUAUUAUUAAAUGAGAGUCCAAGCAUGAUUACAGUAUUGGAUUGUGGAUGGAAUCAGAGUUCACCUUCACAUGGAGAUAUUUACCUAUGCGUUGGGUACAAAAAUCAUUGGGACAUUGUGAAUGGUCGGACUGGUAUAGCGCGACAUUUGCAUACCGUUGACAGUGCUAAAGCCCACUUGGUAGCUGCAUUAGAUUUGUAUGAAGAUCAAGAAGUUCAAUUGCUUCUCUGUUACAAUCAUACAUGCCAUUUCCAAAAAAUUAACGAAGACAGCAUAACCAACAUAGAAUUUGAUUUCCAUUGGAAUUCCGUACCUACAGAUAUUGUGUGCGCUUUCCCGUACGUAAUAGCCUUUACAUCGAAUACGAUGGAAAUUCGACUGGUUGUAAAUGGAAACUUAGUUCACACGAUGACAAUGCCGAAGUUGCAACUUUUGACUUCGAAAAAUGAUGUUUUCUUUUCGACAACUUCUCCCGAAUUUUUCCCUAACAAAACUGAGCAUCUUACGGUGGAAAUAAAAUCGACAGAGACGACUAAGCUUACUCCACCGCAAAGUCCAAACGCAUCUCCAGAACUUCGUCCAUUGCGAUUGUAUCGCAUUCCAAUUCAAACUCUUAGCCGACAUUCGAAUUCGGAGCACAAGUAUGUUUCAAGUGGAUCGACAGACACUUGGAAAUCAUCCGACUUUACAUUAGGCGUCCCAGAGCAACCGCGAGUGUCCCGUAGUGCAACUAGCUCUCCAAUUCCUCCAACUAAAGGAAAUUCUUUAAAUUGAAGUCAUAAUUUACUGUGUUUUUCAGAGAUGGUCGUAGAACGUUUUAAUGAAAAUGGUAUCCCAUAACAGUAAAUUUUAUACGGAGUAGAAAAGUAAUUUACAUUUUGCCUAAUCAAUUGUUUAAUUUUAUUACCUCACACAAAUUUAAUACCAACACGGGAGAUUCAAUGUUUGAUGGUUGUUUCAUAUCAUUCCCUGAAUUUAAUUUAAUGUUAUCUUUCCAUUAACCAUUACUUCAAUUACCGUCUGGAUAGUCAAUUUGCAUUCGGAAAAACGGGUUUUGGAUAUAAUAAUAAAAUACUUCUAAUGUAUAUGCACCUAUCUACUAAAUCAUAGUAUAAUAAAUUACCUAUAUAUCACAAUAAUGGUGUUCAUUACUGUGUUACUAUCACAAAGUUAACGUUUUCGAUCAUCUCUUUGUUGUAAAUUGCCUUUCUUAAUUGUUUUACUCUGUGAUAUAUGUGUACUUAAC